AUGUCAUUUAAAGAGGAGAGAAAGGUUUGUUCUAAACAUUAAUUGGAGAUAACAACAAUUGAUUUAAAGUAAUCAACUGCUAAAGAAGAUAAAUAUCUAUGUAUAAAAUGUCUAAUAGAGAAAAUUGAUAUCUAAAAUAUGGCUUUGAUGGAUGAGACAAAAAUUAUGAUUAAAGAAAUGAAAAGUGAAUAAUAAACAUUAAAGAUUAAGGAAAAUUAAAUAAGAAUAGAAAACUUGAAAUAAAUUGAAUGUCUGAUAAAAUAAUUUAAAGUUUAAAUUGAAGAUGUAAUUGAUAAAAUAUUAAUUAACAUUCAUUCAAGAGUAUAGACAAUUGAAUAAGAUUUAGAAGAAUAUGAUUCAAAGUCUAAAAUAUAUAAAUUUGAAGAUGAAGUUGAAAUUCUAUCAAAACAUUAUAAAGGUAGUUUUAAUUAUGAAAUCCCUUUGGAAUUAGAUAAAUUAGAUGAUGAUAAUCAAUUCUAUGAUUCUAUUUAGUCCAUGUUUUAAUCGUUUACAAGUAAUCAAUCAUACACCUAAGUUAUUAAUAAUUUAUACUAAAAUAAGAAAAUUGAAUAAUCAAAAGAGAUAAAAGCAUCGAGUAUUUAAAAUGAAUAAGAAGUAGAUAAAUCAGUAAUUAUUAAUAUUAAUAUUUUAGAAAACACCAUGUUUGAAUAUAAAAUGCAAUAAACAUGGAAAAGAGAUUAUAAUGUUUAAUUUAGAAUAAAAUGAAAUAUCUAGAUUGAUAUGUGUAGAUUGUAUUCAUUCUAAUGAUCCAAUUAAAUACACUUCAUUAUAAGAUGCUAAUCUAAAAUGGGAUGAGUUUAAAGGAAAAAGUUAAGAUAAAAUAAAAACAUUUUAGAAUUCAAGAUUACUUUAAUAAGAAAAGAUAAUUUAAAAUCUUAAAGAAAUUAGAGAAUAACAUAAUUAAAUCUUAAAUGAAAUGAUUGAUAAAUUGAAUAAUGAAUAAUAAUCAAUUUAAUUAGUAUAACAUAAUCAAUUAAAUUCAACAGAUAUUUAUGGAUUUAAUUAAGAAUAGAUUGAAGAAAUUACUUUAAUUUUAAGUAAAAAAGAUAAAUUCAAAGCUUUAAAUGAUUUAUAAGUUAAUACAGAAUAAGAAGAUUAAAUUAGAUAUAAUUUAAUAAUUAAUAAUCUUAUUACUUUAUUUGAAUAUGAAUUAUUAAAAAGAGAAGACAUAUUAAAGAUUACAGAUUAGAAUUAUUCUAAUAUUAAUACUAAUUAAAUGGAAGAUUCCAAAAUUAAGAAUGAAAUCUUAAAGAAGAUUUAAAAGUUUAAUGUUUAUCAUAGCAUUUUCAAUUAAACUUUGAAUUUAUAUAAAUCUAUUAUACAAAAUAUUCAAGAUUUAUAAACUUAAAGUGACUCUAAAAAUAAGGAAUAAGAAUAAAGUGAAGAAACUAUAAUAGAAACAAAUUUUUAAUUAGAUGAAGUUAUUCAGAAGUUUAUAAAAGAUACUAUUUAAAUAAAAAGACUUUUAUCAAUUGAUUAAUUAGAAGAUCAAUAUAAGGCUAAAUAAAUAGAAAUUGAUUCAAAUUCCUUAAAGAUUACUUAAUUGUUAAAUAAUCAUUCUAAAUUAGAAUAACAAUUGAAUUCAUUAUAAUAAAUAUAUAAUGAUUCAAUCAAAUAAAAUUAGAUUUUAUAAGAUGAAAAAUAAUCUACUUUAAAGAAUUAUUAGAAAUUAAAAGAAGAUUGUAAUAAUUGUAAAUUAUACUAUUUUAUAUUUUUUAGAUAAUUUACAAAUUAAUAAUCUUAAUUAAUAAUUAAAUGA